AUGCUGUCCUCGCGUCUCUCCCGGGCUCUUCCCCGAGCUACUCCCAUCACAAGCCGCUCGGCCUUUGCCAGGGCACCUCUGGCUUCCAGAUUCGCUCGCCAUGAGUCUACGGCUGCCGGCGAGGGCGAAGGCAAGGUCCAGGGCGCCGUCAUCGGUAUCGAUCUCGGCACCACCAACUCGGCCGUCGCCAUCAUGGAGGGCAAGGUCCCUCGCAUCAUCGAAAACUCCGAAGGUGCCCGUACCACCCCUUCGGUCAUCGCCUUUGCCGAGGACGGCGAGCGGCUGGUCGGUGUCGCCGCCAAGCGACAGGCCGUCGUCAACCCGGAAAACACACUCUUCGCCACGAAGCGAUUGAUAGGACGCAAGUUCACCGAUGUCGAGGUCCAGCGGGACAUCAAGGAGGUCCCUUAUAAGAUCGUCCAGCACACCAACGGCGACGCAUGGGUCUCUGCUCGUGAUCAGAAGUACUCGCCCUCGCAGAUCGGCGGCUUCGUCCUCAACAAGAUGAAGGAGACGGCCGAAGCUUACCUGUCGAAGCCCAUCAAGAAUGCCGUCGUCACCGUCCCCGCCUACUUCAACGACGCCCAACGCCAGAGCACCAAGGAUGCUGGUCAGAUUGCCGGCCUCAACGUCCUUCGCGUCGUCAACGAGCCUACCGCCGCCGCUCUCGCCUACGGCCUCGAGAAGGAGGCGGACCGAAUCGUUGCCGUCUACGAUCUCGGCGGCGGUACCUUUGACAUCUCCAUCCUCGAGAUCCAGAACGGUGUCUUUGAGGUCAAGUCGACCAACGGCGACACCCACCUCGGCGGCGAGGACUUUGACAUCCACCUCGUGCGACACAUGGUGGCGGAUUUCAAGAAGACGUCGGGCAUCGACCUGUCGGGUGAUCGCAUGGCCAUCCAGCGUAUCCGCGAGGCUGCCGAGAAGGCCAAGAUUGAGCUUUCCUCGUCGCUCCAGACGGACAUCAACCUGCCCUUCAUCACCGCCGACUCCUCCGGCCCCAAGCACAUCAACAUGAAGCUCAGCCGCGCCCAGCUUGAGAAGAUGGUGGACCCCCUCAUCACGCGCACCAUCGAGCCCGUCCGCAAGGCGCUCAAGGAUGCGAACCUGCAGGCCAAGGAGAUCCAGGAGGUCAUUCUCGUCGGUGGAAUGACCCGAAUGCCCAAGGUGGCCGACUCGGUCAAGAGCAUCUUCGGCCGCGACCCGGCCAAGUCGGUCAACCCCGACGAGGCCGUCGCCAUCGGCGCCGCCAUCCAGGGUGCCGUCCUUUCCGGCGAGGUCAAGGACCUUUUGCUCCUCGACGUCACCCCCCUCUCGCUCGGUAUCGAGACGCUCGGCGGUGUCUUCACCCGCCUCAUCAACCGCAACACGACGAUCCCGACGAAGAAGUCGCAGACCUUCUCCACCGCCGCCGACUUCCAGACGGCCGUCGAGAUCAAGGUCUACCAGGGCGAGCGCGAGCUCGUCCGCGACAACAAGAUGCUCGGAAACUUCCAGCUCGUCGGCAUCCCUCCGGCCCAUCGCGGCGUCCCCCAGAUUGAGGUGACGUUCGACAUUGACGCCGACUCCAUCGUCCACGUCCACGCCAAGGACAAGUCGACGGACAAGGACCAGUCCAUCACCAUCGCCUCCGGCUCCGGUCUCUCGGACAGCGAGAUCCAGCAGAUGGUCGAGGACUCGGAGAAGUACGCCGAGGCCGACAAGGAUCGCAAGGCGGCCAUUGAGGCGGCCAACCGUGCCGACAGCGUCCUCAACGACACGGAGCGUGCCCUGAACGAGUACGCCGACAAGCUCGACAAGACCGAGGCCGACGGCAUCAAGGAGAAGAUUACGAGCCUCCGCGAGUUCGUCGCCAAGAGCCAGUCGGGCGAGGGCAACGCCACGGCCGCCGAGAUCAAGGAGAAGACGGACGAGCUCCAGAUGGCGAGUCUGAACCUCUUCGACAAGAUGCACAAGGCCCGCAACGAGAGCAGCAGCAGCGAGGGCCAGCAGGCCUCUGGCGAGCAGCAGGCGCCUGAGGGCGAGAAGAAGGAUGAGAGCAAGCCUUGA